GGAGAGAGGGAGGGGGAGGAAAAACAUAAGCAGCUUCUGGUUUUGCUUUCAAACACAUUCCCGCUGAAUAACCGCUCUCCGUCUCCACUUCUUCUCACACACACACACACACGCACACACACAGGUACUCACACACAAAACCAGCGUAACACACUUACGUACACUCAGUCGAUCUCUCGUCUGCUCAGUCACUCACUCGCUCACUCACUCACACACGUCCACACUCUGUCCGUCGCGCUCAGGGAGGACCGACGUGCCCAGAGCUGUGCCUUGGAAACCCAGGACAUUUCUCUCUCUCCGCCGAAACACCUGCACCUACAAGCAGUGAGAUCUGAGAUUUUACCCAGGGAACGCCUUAGCACGUGAGCGGACGCACACACAAGCAGACACACACUGUGGUCUGGUGCUGUGAUACGGUGAAGGAGGGACCUCUCGGUUUGGCCGUCGUCACUUUUCUCCACCUGCCGUCAGGAUCUCCGUCCGCGUUCACCUCCGCUCCCGGGGGCGCCGGCACCACCAUGUCUGACGAGGAAUGCCGCUCACCCAUCGGACUGGACUGCUGCAGCUGCUGCCUGGACCUGGCUAACGGCUGCGAGCCGGACGCCGGACGCCAGAGACACGCCAGCCUGGGCAGCCCCACGGUCAGUCACUUCAGACAGCUCCGCGACCAGCUGCUCUUUCACAACCUCAACACAGACAAACUCAACAGCAUCAUGAGACAGGACUCCCUGGAGUCUGUGGUCAGAGACCCCUGUUACCUGCUCAAUGAAGGGAUCUGCAACAGCAACAUUGACCAGACCAUGCUAUCCAUCUUACUCUUCUUCCACAGUGCCUCUGGUGCUAGCGUUGUGGCCAUCGACAACAAGAUCGAGCAAGCAAUGGAUCUUGUGAAAAACCACUUAAUGUACGCAGUUAGGGAAGAGGUAGAGAUCCUGAAGGAACAGAUCAAGGAGUUGGCCGAGAAAAAUAACCAACUGGAACGCGAGAACAGCCUGCUGAAGAAUCUGGCCAGCCCUGAGCAGCUGGAGAAGUUCCAAUCACGACUCCCGGCCGAAUCUCCCCUUCCCUUAGAGCCUCAGGAGGUGGAUAACGCGGAGGAGGAAGAGGACCAGUACAGCACGGGUUCUGCUGUGUAAGUGGCUCUGCUAUGGGGCGGGCAGAGCCACCUCUUCUUACCUGAAAUGGACCUCCCAGUUGUAUUGUUGUGCAACUUCCAAACCUAAAAGCAAAUGAAGCUGGCUGUAUAGAUGAAACCAGAAACAAAAAAGAAAGCAUAUGAUGUUCCAGUGGCCCGGCCUGUUCUGUAAUAUCCGACAAUCUCUUUGGACUAACUCGGAAAAAAGAGAGAAAGAAAGCUAGAGAGAAAGAGAGAGAGAGAGAGAGCGCUCUAGAUGCUUGAGGUUACAGUUCAAAAAGGACAGACAAGGCCCAUGUGACACGGGCGCCCAAGUCCAGUCUUCUCUACGAGAGAAGACGAGAGGGCCCAAAGAGCCGGGGCUGGCCCAGUGAUCAGAGCUGUGUGGCUUCACAGCUGAACAUCCUUGGCUUCUACAUCCACGCCACGCCAAGGGAACCUAUAAUCCCCAGAGAUGACUCUCCAGUCUCAAAAGAGCCCCACGUGGAGAUGGUUUUUUUCUUUUUUAUUCCAGCCAUGAUGCUAGCAGUCUGGGCUCAGAAGAUGCCGUGGCUUUUGUCUCUACGCAUCAUUCAUACUUACACGUUCUUUGGUCCUUCAGACUCCACAACCAGAUCCUGAGUAGUUAAGGACUGCUUUGGACUCUUUCAUCUGCAGAGCACGAGUUCACUCUGUCUCAGUGCUGCUUGGACACCACAAUAAUUCAUAAAGCAUUGCUUUGUAUUCUCUGCAGUUGGGGCUUGCUGCUUAUGGGGAAAAAAAAGAAAAAAUAAUUGCUUUAGUUGUUUUUGUUUUUGUUUUGUUUAUGGAAACUGAACAAAAUCAAGUUGUUUAUAUGAGCAGCGUGUGUAAAAAUGAUGAUUUUUUUUUCUAUCGAGACAGAAAUCUGUAUACAUUUGCAUAGUUCUGUAAAUUAGCACAUUGUGUAAAGUUGAAGCUCAUGAGAUGAUGGGGAUAAAACAGCGUGUGCUGCUUUAGCUGCGGAUGCACUCCCGAAAUGUCUGGCAUUGGAGUUCUGUUAUUACACAUACCAUCUUACUAACUGGCACGACUUGUGUGUGUGUAUGUAUACGUCUGAAUGUGUGUUUGUCUCUCGUUUGAAGAGGACAACAUAUUUCUCAAUGAACUCUGUGUGUGUGUAUGUGUGUGUGUGUUUUUUGUAACUACCAAAGACUUGGCUCACACUCACAGGACAAACAGGACCAUGUGUUUCUAUCCACAGGGAGAAGUUUUGUCAGCAAACUUUUUUUUUGUUUUUGUUUUUUUGUUUUUGAAAACAUAGGUAUUGUUGCUUCAUUGUGUCCAUUUGACAGGCGUUUUUAUUUCAGUGUAUGGAUACAAAAUGCACAUUGCAAUAAACCUUAUGUUUACACUAAACCA